CGCCCUCUAGAGCAGCUGCACAGGAAGGUGCCGGGGUGCAGCGUGUUCUAGUGCUUUCCUUCAGCCCCCCAUCAGGCUUCCCGCAGGUGAGGGCGCAGCUUCUCCCUGGCUGAGGAGAGAGCUGGUGCUGGCCCGGGAAGUGCAUGGCAGAGCCCAUUAAAACUGCUGUUCUACCACGGGUUCCCUGGUGUGGCAAGUCACUUCGCCUUGUGCAGGUUAGUCAUUCGGACAGUUCAGAAAACUGGCGGCUCCAGUGGCCCCAGGCAAAAAGGAAACUGUAAAAUGAGGCACCUGGCGAUGUGUGGGACGUUCAGCUCAUGGCUGGAUAUCCUUAUGAUGGGCAAAAGUAGGAUUUGCAGCCAGUUCUGUAAAUAGUCUUAAGAACGUGUGCCCUGAGGAGAGAGGUAAGAGCUGCCACAUUGGUGCGUUUCAGUUGGGUGGAGGAAUCUACUGGUUCUUCCUUCAGAUCUCAUCCCUGAGCACUCCUCCUCAUGUUAUAUGUCCAGGUCAUGGUAGCACAGGGGAGGAAGAAAGGAUUAGGAGAUCUGUAACAUCUUUUCUUCUGUUCCAUCACAGUGUGCAUUUACGUCUCAGCCUUAAUUUGCCCUGAGAGAUGUACAGGUGUGGGCAGGCAUGGCUGGAAGAGAGUCCUUCUGUGGAGGUCAGGGGAGGAAGCCAGCCAUUGCCUUUGGGGUCUUUUGCCGUGUGUUUUUGUGCCUCCCUUCCUUCGCUGAAGGAAGGAGAUGAAACUUGUCUUCCUCAGAUAAAUUGAGGCCCCGCACUCUGAACUGAGGUUUGUUUCUUGGACACAGUCAUAAAACAUUAAGACCUCUUCAUUCAAGAAUGGGAACUAGAGCCUGGCACACAAGAGACCCUUUGGUUCAAACACCGGCACGAGCCUUUGCAGAGUCUCUCUUCAAAGGGACAGUAGCAGCAGCAUUUGGAUGCUCCUUUUUAGUGGCAACUAAACUCUGAACCCUGAGGUGUUGCUGAACAUCUCGGCCACCAUCUGCUUCUCUUUGCUUGUUCAAGACCCUGCUCUGCCUUUGUGUUUCAUGCAAAGAAGGCACUUCAUGGUAUGUGUGCUCAGACAACCCCAAAGACCACAUUGCUUCCAAUGGCCUUUUAACUCUUGGGCUUAUCAUUUUGACCACAGGUCACAUGAAUCAAAAGGAGCUCUGCAGGCCAUGGAACCUCUGCUUGUGUGUGAAAAUAAAAGAUGGUGCAGAGAGAGCUGGGAACCCUACUGGAUCAGGCAGCAGCAUGAAGCCUAGCAGUACUGACAUACAUCACAUACAGAACUGAGUGAGAAAGGGAUUGACAGAUGAAAUGUCACUACUGUACAUCAGAGACAGGCAAGCUUAGCUUUAGAAAACCCCCAAAGAUUUUAAAGCCAGAUAGUCAGGUUGUCUCUGAAAGGUCACUGCUGACUCUAGAGCUUUAGACUUGGCAUGUACAGCUAUUGUCUGUGAUCUAACUGUAAAUGUUCCAUCAUCUGGGUAGUAUCUGUGCACGACUGUAAUGCUUGAACAAGAAUGAAAACAUGUAGAACCAAUUCAGGAAAAAACAACAUUCAAAAAAGAUAGAAGGAAAGAAACUAUUAGUUCCUGUUCUGAUAAACACCAGGUAUCAGAUAACACAUAUGCUAACUGCCUGCCUGCCUGCCACCUUUGCCAGGCUUGGUGAUCCCUUGUGUACCUCCUGCCAGUUGUCUCAAUAUGACCUUUGGAGGUCCCUUCUCUAUUGCUGUGUUCAUGAUGCUCAGCAAAAGUCUGAUUAAUGUUUGUAUUUGGUAUUUAGGCAGUGCUAAUUAUUAAUACCUGUCUUUGAGCUUGAUGGGGAAAGGCUAUUUCCUCCAUCUGGAACAUUUGCACUGUCCUUGUCUUUUCUGAGAGCCAUGGUCUAGUCUAUUGCUACUGCUGUACUUCUGAAGAAUAUGGAGGAGGUAAGGUCUGCAGAGCAUGUUGCUGCAGCAUUGAAGUGCUUUGCCUAAUAACUUGUCUUUCAGUGUAAGACUGCAGAGUUCUGAAGAGGGUGAGAAAGUUUUGUAUGCUGCUGAGUGCACCGUGUUUUCUGUCCAAGGGCAGCACCCUGACCAGUAGCUGUAAACCGUCCCUGUGCUGCCCACAGCAUCAUGGUUAUGCUGAUUGGAAUUGCUGGUGAAAGGAAUCCUGACUUGGGUGACUGAACCCAAGAACCGUGGUGUCCAGGACUCUCUAUGGCCAGAUCAUAGAAUCAUAGAAUAGUUUGGUUUGGAAGGGACCUCAAAGAUCAUCCGGUUCCAACCUCCUGCUCUGGGCAGGGACACCUUCCCCCAGCCCGGGCUGCUCCCAGCCCCGUCCAGCCAGACCUUGGGCACUGCCAGGGAUGGGGCACCCACAGCUGCUCUGGGCAGCCUGGGCCAGUGCCUCACCACCCUCAGAGUGAAGAAUUUAUUCCUAAUAUCUAAUCUAAAUCGGUUCUAUUUCGUCUUAAAACCAUUACCCCUUGUUCUAUCGCUACACAUCCUCGUAAAAAGUCCUGGUAAGCUGGGCAGCAGCUGAGCUGGCCAUGAGUCUCUGUUUCCACUGUAGCGUGAGUGGUGCAGGCUCUGAGAAGUGUGAGGAGCCAUGCUGUGUGGGAAGAGGAGGGGAUCUCCUGUACAGCAGAAGUACAAAGUAAGAGGCUUUUAUUUUCCGAACCAUAACAGCUGGCCUUCUAGGGGCAUUAAUUAUGUGGGAAAAACUGACAGCAGAGAGGUGUCUUUUGCCCACUUGCAGCUAGUUUGGAUGUCAUCUUUUAAUAGAAUGGGUUCACCAAGCACAUUUAAGACUACGAGCAGCUUUGUGGCAUAUAUUUUUAAAACCAGAAGGCUCUGUUGUGUACCAAACUAAUCUGAUUGCUUCCAGUCCAUGACAGGAACACAAGCAGAUCCCUGAACAGACCAAAGACUAAGUGAAGAGUGCGUUGACUGACCUACUCUUUGAGAUCCAUAGAUUUAUCUUCAGGAAGAAAGCAUAGAACACACUGAAGGAAGAGCGAUGAUGUCUGGGAAGUUUAUUCAGGCUUCUUUGGCUGUGUUUUAAACUAAGGAAGUAACAGGGCAAGUGUCAAAUGCUGUAGGCAUGGCGUUUUCUAGAGACAGGUCUUCUCACAGGUCUGACUCGCCCUUGCCUUGACCUGUUCGUCAUCACAGGCAGCGUGGGAAAGAAUCCCUUUAAAAUUCCUUCUGCAUCGGAAUUCAUCCGUUCAGUUGGGAAUGAGGAACAGGAAGAGUGCAGCCACAAAAAGCACAGCGCCUUCCACAGCAUCAGGGGAAAGAGUACUUUUGCAGGGAAGUCCUGAUACAAGCCCCCUAGUGUGCUUUGGGGGUUGUAUAGCUCAAGACAUGACUGAACAGACAAGUGAAGUCAGUCACAUCAAGAUCCGAGCUUGCUUGCUGCUGGUGGUGUGCCUAUGGCAAUGGACACAGCAAACUCUGGCAACACCAUGCCAGGAUGGUGAACUGAGAAUAAUCAAUAAAUAUGAAAAGAAAUGCUGCCCCAAAUGUAGCUCAAGUAAAGGAGACAACAGCAUAUGCCAAAAUAUUGAGGACCAUGACUGCAGAUGUCGUCAGGGAUACAGCUGUAUCGAUAACACAUGUCUCUACUGCAAAAAACUUCCUGAAUGCGCAGAGGGCGAGGAGCUGGUUAAGCUCGGCAUUUUAGACUUCACAUUCAAAUGUAAACCAUGUGAGAUAGGAACCUAUUCCAAUGUUAAGAAUGGCUGGUGCCGUAACUGGACUGAUUGUGAAAGUUCUGGAUUUCUAACAAUCAAGCAAGGCAACAGUACACAUAAUGCAAUAUGUGGUUUCCCUGCUAAAGAUCUGGAGCAAGCUCCUGUUACAACUGACUCUCUCUAUACCACCAUCCUGGCUAUCCUUACCGCAGUGGCUGUAUUUGUUCUCAUCUUGCUGACCUUCUUCUUGCAUUUCUGCAUAUGGUCACUGAAGAAAGAAAAAUACCACAUGGCUGACGUGCUUUUGCUUAUUCUCACUGCAGAUCUGGAACAUAACUUCCCUAGGCUGCCGGGGGCUCCAGAACUGUCACACCUUGGAGAAGAGACUUACAGCUGCCAGUUUCCAGAAGAAGAACACGGAGACAAAACACCAGAAGAAAAGCCUUGCUACUCCCACCCUCAGAGCCAACAAUGAAAACAGAUAAAUUGCAAUGUGCUGUCAGAGCCGGGGAGCUGAGCUCAGCUUUUCAAAAAAAACCAGAAGGGAGGGGCUGGAUGCAUAAAGCAUCGUUACAGACGUAGCAACAAGGGAUGGGUUUGGGGGGAGUUUCGCUUUGUUUCUUCUCAACAAACUUAACAUUUAGAAAAAGAAAAUGUACCAAGUCUGGCUGACAUUUGGUUCAGCUGUCUGGCACUAUUGCAAGUUUCCUGACCUUUUUUUCCUGUCUCUCUCUCUUUUUUUUCCUCACUGAUGCUCUUUUCAACUGUGUUUGGGACCAGGGACCCUUCCUGUCAUUAUUCCCCUCUGCAUCUGCUGCACGUCUCUGUGGUGAAGGAUGGCAUCCCACUGUCAUCCUUUUGGUGCAUGGGAAAGGCAGAGGUACCGGUAGGGCUCUCACAGCUUCCACAAGCUAUCGUGUUCCCAGGAUGUGUCCUCACGCUCAUUAAGGGGAUGAGGCAUUGUGCCUAGCCACCCUACCUGCUGCUGAGCAGACAGGACUUCUCACUCCUGCCAAAUUGCCCUCUUUGUUGCGCAGCAAAGGGCCAGGGCUCUCCAUCAUUCAUACCGUCCUCUCCAGUCCCAACAGAAGGUGUUGGUUAGGCCGGUCUCAGUGCACAGAGGUGCCGGUGUGGGUGCCACCGGCCCAUCAUUUGUGCUUGCAGACAUGUUUCUGUGCAUGUUCUGUGACCCUCUCAUCCCCUCCAGGGAAACCAGGGGAAGAAGGGAGUAACAUCUCUCUCCUUCUCUUCUGUAACUCAGCAAUCCUUGGUACCUGGAGUACUAGAAUACAAAAGGGAGACUUCUGAAAGGCUCAGAUGUGGAUCAUGCUGCCAAGAGAAAAUCCUUGGGUUUUGUGCUUUCUUCUCACCUGGUUUAUAUGGCAGAAAAAGAUAGUAGAAAGCAGAGAAAAGCCCUGCAUUUGUUCUUGAUGCUUUUUUCUCCACCCCAGAAGAAG